GGAAGGACCACGCGGUCACCGGAGCCGCCGCUGAGCCGUUGGAGCCGCUCAGACCGAACAGCAGCUUCAGAGACCGACAGCAGACUAUGUAGCUCAGAGCCCUCAAAACACACGCUGACGAGCAUAUUUCGCCUUUUUUUCCUCAAUGUCAUGCGGUUACAAUGAUGUGAGGAUGGCUAAACGACCGGGGACCGACGACGGGAUGUUGACUUCGCCCACCAUUCUCCGGGACUUCGCUGCCGACUUGAACGCCGGAGACGUGAGCAUGGACUGCGGCGACGGAGCCGAGGAGGUCUCCCUGGAGGAGAUUCUGACUCUGUACAGCCAGCCGAUAAAUGAAGAGCAGGCUUGGGCUGUGUGCUACCAGUGUUGUCGGACGUUAGCACAGAAACACAAGAGGAAAGGCUCCAGGAGCGCCGGUGUCCCCGCGGCAGGCUACCCGAAGAGGAUUGAGGGACCUAGGGAUGUGAGGAUCGGGAGAGACGGCACCGUGAAGCUGGACUUUGAAGACAGCACAGAUAAAUACCAAUCAGCCCCUACGUCAUUAGAGGUUAUUGACUCAUUGGGCGUCAUGAUCUACAAAGCUCUGGAUUAUGGCCUCAAACAAAAUGAAGAACGUGAACUCAGCCCGCCGCUGGAGCGCCUCAUCGACAUGAUGACCAACACCGAGGAAACGGAGAGCGACCCUUGUCCUGAUGAGGGCUACGAGGCCACAGAGGAAGAGGAUGAAGGAGAGGAGGAAGAGGAGCUUGUCUCUACGACCUCCACAGGCACAGUCAGCAGCAUCCAGAGCUAUCGGGACAUCAUCAUGAUAUGUUCUUCCCACCUGCCCAGCCCAUCAGAUGCCCCCAACCACUACCAGGCUGUGUGUCGGGCUCUCUAUGCUGAGAGCAGGGAACUACGCACCUUUCUGGAAAAGAUCAAGAGUGCCAAGGAGAACCUUCGGAAGAUGGAGGGUGAGACUCGGGAGGAACCCGUGAAAGACCUGAACGAGCUGCAAAAUGCAGAUUGGGCACGGUUCUGGGUGCAAGUCAUGCGAGAUCUACGACAUGGCGUCAAGUUGAAGAAGGUUCAGGAACGUCAGUACAACCCAUUACCGAUUGAAUACCAACUCACGCCGUAUGAAAUGCUGAUGGAUGACAUCCGCUCCAAACGCUACAAGCUGCGAAAAGUCAUGGUGAAUGGAGACAUCCCUCCAAGGUUAAAGAAGAGCGCACACGAGAUCAUUCUUGAAUUCAUCAGGUCACGACCCCCUCUCAACCCCGUCUCGGCUCGUAAACUGAAACCUCACCCUCCACGUCCCCGGAGCCUCCACGAGCGACUGCUGGAGGACAUCAAAGCUGAAAGGAAGCUCAGGCCAGUUUCACCCGACAUGAUCCGCAGAAGCCGCCUGGUCAUGCGACCUCUUAGCAUGUCUUACAGUUUUGACUCAUCAGGUGCAGGGAAAAGCAUCAGCACCCCUCAGGACUUGUUCCGUAGUUCAGACACUCCUGAUGCACAGAGGAAGUUGGCUGGCAGCACCCAGUCUCUGGCCAGCGGCACCACAGGACCCAAUCAGAGUGGAGGGCAGCCCUUAAUCCAGAGGAAGAGGCUGCUCAGAGCGCCCACGCUAGCUGAACUGGACAGCUCCGAAUCCGAUGAGGAGCCCACACGCAGCAGCUCCAGUAUGUCCACGUCUUUGGUGGAGGACACAUCUCCUGAAUCUGUCGUGACAUUCGCAGGAAAGAAAGCUCCUCCAAAGUUCUUGCCCGUCUCUGCCACCCCUCAACCAGACAAACGUCGGUCUCCACAGAGGCGGCACUCCAUCGAGAAGGAGGCCCCCACCAGCGUCCGUCCUUUUGCACCACCGUCCAGACAGGCCUCCAAGUCUCUGCUGAUGGCGGAUCCCAGCGCCAAGGUGGAAGCUGGCAGCAGUGCUCAGGGCACGGAGGAGUUCUGUUACCCAGUGGAGUGUUUGACUCUGACGGUGGAGGAAGUGAUGCACAUCAGACAGGUGCUCGUCAAGGCCGAGCUCGAGAAGUUUCAGCAAUACAAAGACAUCUACACCGCUCUCAAGAAAGGAAAGCUUUGCUUCUCAUGUCGGACCAAAAGGUUCUCCCUCUUCACCUGGUCCUACACCUGCCAAUUCUGCAAAAGGCCUGUGUGUUCCCAGUGUUCUACAAAGAUGCGGCUGCCGUCUAAGCCCUAUUCCACGUUGCCCAUCUACUCUCUGGGCCACGGCGGCAUGGCUAAAGAAGAGGGCGGUGCAGCUUCUGCCCCCGCAGGGCCACAAAAGCAGCCGUUUGGACCUGCACACAGCCGACACAGCCUACGCAGAAGUGUUUCUAAAUUGUCCAAGCACAGCAGCAGCAAAGAUAAACAGUCGCUGGAUGAGCCGGAGCUGCCCAAGGAGCUGACCGAGGACUGGGUGGCCAUGGAGGUCUGUGUGGACUGCAAAAAGUUCAUCACAGAGAUCAUCUCCUCCAGUAAACGCAGCCUGUGUGUGGCCACCAAGAGGGCGCGUCUCAACCGCAAAACCCAGUCGUUCUAUAUGUCGUCGUCCAACUCAGUCAACUUCAGGCCCUCAGAGCGCACCAUCAAUGAGGUGUAGGACUGUCCUGUGCGCUUUGUUAGCACCUCUACCCAGACCUUAGUCAUUCAAUAAAAAAUAAAUAAAAAACAUCCCCCUGAUGCAGACUGAUGUACUGCAUUGUGUAUAUGAAUGGGGAUUUAAAAGAAAAGAAAAUGAAGCGACCUUGAAGCCAGUCCAUCCCCUAGUAAGCUAGCAAAGGUUCUUAUACCUUAUCCCCUCUCAGGAAAAGUUGCUAUCGUUGGUCAUAGCUGGUCAGGACUCUGAACCAGCUGCCAGAUAACAAAGGACAGCCAUGUUUCAGUAAGUGGCAGCGACAAUUCAGGGCAUGUUUUGUAAAAAGAGCUGCUGCUGAUGACGCCAUUAUGAAGCAGGUAGGGAUGUAUGCUGCCAUAGAGUGGACUCACAUGAUACAGGAAUCAAGGCGACAAAAUGUAAAUAGUUCCGAGGCCCAACCUUAAUCUUAGCUAUCCGUACGUUUUCUAGUUCCUGUUUACUUCUAGCACUCAGGAAGAACAACCGAUUGUCUUUUGACAGAAAUGCACUGUAGAUCCUCGUGUCAGGUCUGCUGGGGUAGAUCUCUUCCUGCUCCUCUGCUAUUCUUCCAGCAACAAUUAUGCCAAAUGUUACAUCUUUCAUUUUUGUUUUAGCCACUUUAAAUGCAUAUUUACUCUAAUCUCAUGUUGCUGCGAUGAAGUGAGGAGAUGUGACAAAAAGUCAAUUAUUUUUCUGGGUGGGUUUUAGUUUUUAGGAUAAAAAUGUAUAUUCAAUUCUGUGCCUGGUGCCAAAAUGUAAUUUUUUUUUCUCUGAAUGCCUUUGUAGUCAUGGACCUGCUGUACAUAUUUGUCAUAAACUAAACGGGGGGCAUUUUAGGUUAAUUUAAGGUUUGGUCUCUUGCCCCUCCAUUCUCCAAACAGGGCAAUAGAAGCACAGAUGUGGGGUUUUGAAUGUGUACAGGCUGUAAAUCUUCACGGUUGCAAAAUGAAAAUUUAAUAUAAAAUACUGAACUAAGUCAAAGUAUAAUUUUUCCAUGUUUCUAGAUUUCUUUAUUUGAAAUUGUUCAUUUGUUAUUAGUUCUAUAUUUCUGUCAUAAGAUUUUAUUUCUAUGUUUGUAUAGUUUCUAAACUUCUCAAUGUUAAGAUUUUAAAAAAAGUUAAUUAAAAAUAGCACUUUUUAUUUUGAAAAUGUAUUGUUUAUGUUGGGUUUUUGUCUUAAUAAGUAUUAAAAUGUUUAUUUUUCAGUGCCAUUUCCCAGGAUUCCUCAUGAAUGAAAAUGUGUGUGAAUGUUUGCUGGUUGUUUCCAAGAAAUGAAUAAUGAAUAAAGCACUCCAAUGAGUUGAAUGUAGGCAUUUUAAGUGUAAAACUGUCAUUGAAUAGGCUUUAUGAACAUUUUAUUCCUUUUAAAGAACUCUGUUAUUCACAGACACACACAUGCUCACAUGGUGUGUUUUGUGGCCGUUGUUACCAAAUGAACAUGAAGCCUAACCAGCCUGGUAAAAAAAUUGAUGCCAUGUUUAAAAAAAAAAAAUCCAUCCAACAAGUUUUAUUUUAGACCUCUGUUAGGAAUGUGUGCAUGCUGUACCGUGAUCUGUUUGUUUUUAUGACGGUAAAUACAAUAAAAUCAACAUGAUUCUUA